CAACUGGAAGUAUCUGGAAUGGCAGGUCGCAAUUCCACUGUCAAAACAGUACUGACGUGUUCGUUGUGGGUGGAAAAUGUUGAUUUUCCAUGAGAAAAACGUGUUAAUUUGUUAGCAAUAAUGGUGAAUUAUGUUGACUUGAUAUUAAUCCUCCUGGUUGCAUUGGUAUUAUUGGCAUGUGAUAUUGACUUCGCCAAUUGUGGAGGGAACCUCCACAUGCUGGACAGCGUGACGACGCAGGAUAUUAUAGCUGGAGAUGUCUUUUUCGAGGUGCUGGAUCCCGCGGAACUAGAGUAUACGUACAGAUUGCGGCCGGCGAAGGACUUCGGGGCGCCCUUCAAUGCCAGCUUCCACUUCCCGCGGAUCGCCCUCGUGCCUGUGGUGCCUUUCGACGCGUGCUCGCGGAGCGCGAUCAAGAACGGGGAGGAUCUGGAGGGUAAUGUGGCGCUGGUGGAGCGCGGCGACUGUUCCUUCCUCACAAAGACCAUCAACGUGGAGCGCCAUGGGGCGCUCGCGGCCAUCAUCACGGAGUCCAACACGUCGGAGGCGGAGGAGGACGAGUACUACAUUGAGAUGGUGCACGACAAUACCGGCAGAGAUGCAAACAUUCCGGCUGGCUUCCUGAUUGGCAUCAACGGCCGUAUAAUCUUACAGACACUGAAGAAGAUGCGAAGGAACUACGCCAUCAUCAGCAUCCCAGUCAACCUGACUUUCACCCCACCACAUCAGAUCAACCACCCGCCUUGGCUGGGUUGGUGAGAAGCGCCCUCGGGCGAGCUAGUCAAUGGGAUUUGGUCAUUAUUCAUCGAGUAAACAGGCACUUUUGACAAA